GACAUUUGUCAUGGUAACCACUCUCACAAUUGUACUCUCUUUCUCUCUUCCCAUAUACAAUUUUUAGCAUUUUCUAUGCUUUAAGCUAAAAAAUAACUAACAAUGAGAAAGCCUUGUUGUGACAAAGAGAACAUCAAUAAAGGUGCUUGGUCUAAGCAAGAAGAUCAAAAGCUUAUUGAUUAUAUACAAGUUCAUGGUGAAGGAUGUUGGGGUUCCAUUCCUAAAGCUGCUGGGUUGCAUCGUUGUGGCAAAAGUUGUAGACUACGAUGGUUAAACUACUUACGACCAGAUAUCAAACGUGGAGUCUUUGCACAAGAUGAAGAAGACCUCGUCAUUAAACUCCAUGCCCUCCUUGGCAAUCGGUGGGCACUCAUAGCUGGAAGAUUGCCUGGACGUACAGAUAAUGAGGUGAAGAACUAUUGGAACUCUCAUAUUCGUAGGAAGCUAAUAAAAAUGGGAAUUGAUCCAAAUAAUCACAAGUUACACAAAGGUUUUCCUAGUAUUAGUCCUCAUGUUUCAACUGCUGGCACAUCAUCAUGUGAUGAGUCCAUGAACAAAGAUAUCGAUAAUAAUGCUAAACUCAUCUCCUUCGACAAAUUGUGCGAUGCACUCGCUAAUAAGAGUGUUGUUUCUGUCACAAGGAAAGAAGCUUCUUCAACAAUUGAUUCUUCGUCCUCUUUGAAUCUUGACUUAACCAUUGCUUUACCUUCAAAUGAUUGUGAGUCUCAGAAGACUAUUGAUCUUAAUUGUUAAUAUAUAUACACUCACUUCAUGGUGUUUUGUAUGACAAUAUAUAAUAAUAUAGUAGUAUCAUAGGAGUAUUAUGCAAAAAGAUAAAUAAAGAAUUACAUGGCAGGAUUAAUUUGAUUCUAGAAAAAUUGAUUAAUUGUGCUUGUGUAAUGAAAUUGGAGAGAUUUUUCUUUUCUCCAAAUUAAGAUCUCAAUGCAUGGGAGAUAUAUGUAUAAUUAAGAUCUCAGGAUGUGAUUGGAAAUAUUUCAAAGU